CGCCGUCUCUCUCCACGGUUACCCUUGCUCUCCGCCCCUCCUUCCUGCGGCGUUCGACGGACCAUGGCGGAUCCUCGCGUGAGGCAGAUCAAGAUCAAAACCGGCGUAGUGAAGCGAUUGGUCAAAGAAAAAGUGAUGUAUGAAAAAGAAGCAAAACAACAAGAAGAAAAGAUUGAAAAAAUGAAAGCUGAAGAUGGUGAAAAUUAUGCUAUUAAAAAGCAGGCAGAGAUCCUGCAGGAGUCCCGGAUGAUGAUCCCAGAUUGCCAGCGCAGGUUGGAAGCUGCAUAUUCCGAUCUUCUGCAGUUAUUAGAAAGUGAAAAAGACUUGGAAGAAGCAGAAGAAUAUAAAGAAGCACGUUUAGUACUGGAUUCAGUAAAAUUAGAAGCCUGA